AUGACUUCCUUUGUCAAGUCAAUCAUUCCGAUCGUUGCCAUUCUGGCCGCAGUGCUCGGAAAAGUGCAUCGCACUGCUGCCGACGAAGCUGGAUUUCUUCGUGGCGUUCCCAGCAACAAACACAACCUGCCUGACCAUAAUACCUACCGUUUGCGUCGAUUGAUGACAACUGGAGGCAAGGGCGGAGGCAAGGGCGGAACCACGAACACUACCAAGUCGUCGUCCGAGAUCAUGACCAACCAUACGUGGAAGUCCGCAACGCCCAAGACGAGCAAGAGCAUCAAGGCGAGUGGAUCCAUGGGAGGCACCUACGCGUCAAAGACCAACAUCACCGCCUCGUACCACAGUGAUUCCAUGAAAUCCGGCUCAAAGUCAAAGUCUGAAAGCAACUCAGCAGCAACAGGAACCAUGAGCAAGUCCGCAUCCAAGUCGGGUUCAGCUGGCUCCGGUUCCAAGAAGAGCAGCUCCAAGAUGGCGUCUGGAUCUGGUUCGAAAUCGCCCCAAUCAAAGAGCUCCAAGUCCGCAUCAAAGUCGGGAUCAGCUGGCUCUGGUUCCAAGAAGAGCAGCUCCAAGAUGGCGUCUCGAUCUGGUUCGAAAUCGCCCUCAUCCAAGAGUUCGAAGUCCGCAUCAAAGUCGGGUUCAGCUGGCUCUGGUUCCAAGAGUAGUUCCAAGAUGACGUCUGGGUCUGGUUCCAAAUCGCCCCCAUCAAAGAGCUCCAAGUCUGGAUCUGCCAGUGCGUCCAAGUCCACCAAGCAAUCCAAUUCCAAGUCAAGCGUCUCCAUGAAGAGCUCCAAAUCCGCUCCUGCCGCCAAGUCAAGCAACUCCAUGAAGAGCUCCAAAUCCGCUCCUGCCUCCAAGUCAAGCAACACCAUGAAGAGCUCCAAAUCCGCUCCUGCCUCCAAGUCUAGCAACUCCAUGAAGAGCUCCAAAUCCUCUCCUGCCUCCAAGUCUAGCAACUCCAUGAAGAGCACCAAAUCCGCUCCUAAAUCGGGUCCCAAGUCUGGCUCUUCCGGUGGCUCCAAGUCUUCCCCUUCAAAAUCCAAGUCCUCUGAUGGGGCCACAAGCUCAACCUCCCCCAGUUGCAAUGAUUCUGGUUCCAAAUCUGGCUCUCACCAAAUGUCUGGGUCUACAAAAUCUAGUUCCAAGUCAAGUGCUGGAUCCAUGACUGCAUCCAAGUCGAGCUCCAAGAAAGCUGGAUCCAUGACUGCAUCCAAGUCGAGCUCCAAGAAAUCUGGUGCCAAGUCCGGUGCAAAAUCCAACAGCAUAAAAACUGGUGGAUCAAUGAGUCAAGCCAAGUCGGGUGCAAAAUCCAAUACCAUGAAAUCGGGUGGAUCCAUGAGUCAACCCAAGUCCGGUUCAAAAUCCAAUACCAUGAAAUCCAGUGGAUCCAUGAGUCAACCCAAGUCGGGUUCAAAAUCCAACAGCAUGAAAACUGGCGGAUCCAUGAGUCAACCCAAGUCCGGUGCAAAAUCCAAUACCAUGAAAUCGGAUGAAAAGUACAGCCAGCAAGAAGAUGACUAUAAAUAA